AUGUCAUUUACAGAGAGCAAAGAGAGAUAUUCUCAUGAAAAGGAUAGCUCUUCUGCGAGUGAUUCCAUCGGUGAUGUACAACCUUAUGAUGGUAAGGCACAUGAUAUCACAGGUAACGCAGAAGAAAUGUCUGUCCAAGAACAAUUAUCAAGAAAUUUAAGUAAAAUUUUAUCAAAUAACGAAGGUGUAGAAAGAUUAGAAUCUUUGGCAAGAGUUAUCUCUACCAAAAAUAAAAAGGAAAUGUCUGCUUUCGAAGUCAAUGAUUUGGAUUUUGAUUUACGUGCGUUGCUGAAUUAUUUAAGAUCUCGUCAAUUAGAGCAAGGGAUCGAACCGGGUGAUUCAGGUGUCGCUUUUAAAAAUUUAACCGCAGUUGGUAUUGACGCUUCCGCCGCAUUUGGUCCAAGUGUAGCUGAAUCCAUUAGAGAUUUUAUUUACUUGCCAGUACAUUUGAUGAACAAGUUACGUAAACAAGAUGAUACCCCAGUAAGAAACAUUAUUCAAAAUUGUACAGGUGUCGUUGAAUCUGGUGAAAUGCUUUUCGUUGUUGGUAGACCAGGUGCAGGUUGUUCAACUCUAUUGAAGUGUAUCUCUGGUGAAACUUCAGAAUUAGUUUCUGUCGAUGGUGAAUUUUCCUAUGAUGGUUUGGAUCAACAAGAAAUGAUGUCAAAAUACAAGAGUUAUGUCAUUUACUGUCCAGAAUUAGAUUUCCACUUUCCAAAGAUUACUGUGAAAGAAACUAUUGAUUUUGCCUUGAAAUGUAAGACUCCACGUACUAGAAUUGAUAACAUGUCUAGAAAGGAAUAUGUCGAUUCUUUAAGAGACAUGUGGUGUACAGUAUUUGGUUUGAGACAUACUUAUGCCACUAAUGUAGGUAAUGACUUUGUUAGAGGUGUCUCCGGUGGUGAACGUAAGCGUGUCUCUUUAGUUGAAGCCCAAGCAAUGAGUGCAUCUAUCUAUUCAUGGGAUAAUGCUACAAGAGGUUUGGAUGCCUCUACAGCUUUGGAAUUCGCACAGGCUAUCAGAACAGCUACGAAUAUGAUGAACAACUCUGCUAUCGUUGCUAUCUAUCAAGCUGGUGAAAACAUUUACGAAUUAUUCGAUAAGGCUACUGUUUUAUACGCCGGUAAACAGAUCUAUUUUGGCCCUGCCGAUAAAGCUGUUCAAUAUUUUGAAAAUAUGGGUUGGGUAAAACCAAACAGAAUGACAUCUGCUGAAUUUUUAACUGCUGUAACAGUCGAUUUUGAAAACAGAACCCUAGAAAUAAAACCAGGUUAUGAAAACCACGUACCAAAGUCAGGUACUGAAUUCGAAGAGUAUUGGUUAAACUCCCCUGAAUAUCAAGAAGUUUUACUUGAAUACAAUGACUACCAAUCUAGACAUCCAGCUGAAGAAACAAGAGAGAGGUUAGAUAUGGCUAAGAAGCAAAGAAGUCAAGCUGGUGCUCGUAAAAAAUCACAAUAUACUGUUAACUAUUGGUCUCAAGUUUAUUAUUGUAUGAUUCGUGGUUUCCAAAGAGUUAAGGGUGAUUCUACCUAUACUAAGGUUUAUUUGGCCUCUUUUUUGAUUAAAGGUUUAGUUGUUGGUUCUAUGUUCCACAGAAUUGACCCAAAAUCUCAAUCAACUACUUCUGGUGCUUAUUCUCGUGGUGGUAUUCUGUUCUAUGUUUUAUUAUUUGCUGCUGUUACAUCUUUAGCUGAAAUUGCUAACUCUUUUGCUACUAGACCAAUCAUAGUGAAGCAUAAAACGUAUUCUAUGUACCAUUUAUCUGCUGAAUCUUUACAAGAAAUUAUUACCGAAAUUCCAACCAAGUUAACUGCUAUUAUUAUCUUGUCUUUGGUUUCUUAUUGGAUUCCAUAUUUGAAAUUUCAAGCCGGUGCUUUUUUCCAGUAUUUGCUAUAUCUGUUUACUAUUCAACAAUGUACUUCUUUUAUUUUCAAGUUCAUCGCUACUUUGACCAAAGAUGGUGUUACUGCUCACGCUUAUGGUGGUCUAUACGUUUUAAUGUUAACUGUUUUCACUGGCUUUGUCUUACCUAUUCCUGAAAUGCAUCAUUGGAUUAGAUGGUUCCACUAUAUCAAUCCAUUAACUUAUGCUUUCGAAAGUUUAAUGUCUACCGAAUUUCAUGGUAGAGAAAUGUUAUGCAGUCAAUUGAUUCCAGAUGGUCCUGGUUACGAAUCAUAUUCUGUUGCUAAUAAAAUCUGUAACAUUGCUGGUGCAGUCAAAGGUAAUUUAUAUGUUAACGGUGAUGCUUACAUUUUAAAACAAUAUCACUUUGCUUAUAAACACGCUUGGAGAGACUGGGGUGUAAACAUCGUCUGGACUUUUGGUUACAUUGUCGCCAAUGUUUUAUUGUCAGAAUUUUUGAAACCUGUUGAAAGUGGUGGUGAUUUAUUGCUAUACAAGAGAGGACAUAUGCCAGAUUUUGGUACUGAAAGUGCUGAAGCUAAAACCGCUUCAAGAGAAGAAAUGAUGCAUGCCUUAAAUGGUGAAAAUGUCGAUUUAGAUUCUGUUAUUGCUGCAAAAGAUGUUUUUACAUGGAAUCAUCUAUAUUACACAAUCCCAUAUGAUGGUGCCACCAGACAGUUGUUAAGUGAUGUUUUCGGUUAUGUGAAGCCUGGUAAAAUGACAGCAUUAAUGGGUGAAUCAGGUGCUGGUAAAACUACCUUAUUGAAUGUUUUAGCUCAAAGAAUUAAUAUGGGUGUCAUUACCGGUGAUAUGUUGGUGAAUGCUAAACCUUUACCUGCAUCUUUCAACAGAUCAUGUGGUUACGUUGCUCAGGCCGAUAAUCAUAUGGCUGAAUUGUCUGUUAGGGAAUCUCUACGUUUUGCUGCUGAAUUGAGACAACCAAGAUCUGUAUCAAUCGAAGAAAAAUAUGAAUACGUUGAAAAAAUCAUUAAGUUAUUGGGUAUGCAAAAUUAUGCCGAAGCUUUGGUAGGUAAAACCGGUAGAGGUUUAAAUGUCGAACAAAGAAAGAAGCUAUCUAUUGGUGUCGAAUUAGUUGCCAAACCAUCAUUAUUAUUAUUCUUGGAUGAGCCUACAUCAGGUUUGGAUUCCCAAUCUUCAUGGUCUAUUGUUCAAUUCUUAAGAGCAUUAGCCGAUUCUGGUCAAUCAAUUUUAUGUACAAUCCAUCAACCUUCUGCUACUUUAUUUGAACAAUUUGAUAGAUUAUUACUAUUAAAGAAGGGUGGUAAAAUGGUUUAUUUCGGUGAUAUUGGUCCAAAUUCUUCUACUUUGUUAUCUUACUUUGAACGUCAAUCUGGUGUUAAGUGUGGUGUUUCUGAAAACCCUGCUGAAUAUAUUUUGAAUUGUAUUGGUGCCGGUGCAACUGCUUCUGCUUCUGCUGAUUGGCAUGAUCUAUGGGUUGCAUCUCCAGAAUGUGCAGCAGCUAGAGCCGAAGUUGAAGAGCUUCACAAAACUUUGGCUAGUAGACCAGUAGAAAACAAUGCCGAGUUAAAUGGCAGAUUUGCCGCCUCAUAUUUGACUCAAUUAAUGUGUGUUUUGAGGAGAACUUCGAUUCAAUUUUGGAGAUCCCCUGUUUAUAUUAGAGCAAAGUUCUUUGAAUGUGUUAGUUGUGCGUUGUUUGUCGGUUUAUCUUAUGUUGGUGUUAAUCACUCUAUCGGUGGUGCACAAGAAGCUUUCUCAUCUAUUUUCAUGUUAUUAUUGAUUGCAUUGGCCAUGAUUAACCAACUUUCUGUUUUUGCCUUUGAUAGUAGAGAAUUGUACGAAGUCAGAGAAGCUGCGUCAAAUACUUUCCACUGGAGUGCUUUAUUAUUAUGUCAUGCAGCUGUUGAAAUUGGUUGGUCCACUUUAUGUCAAUUCUUCUGUUUCUUAUUCUACUACUGGCCUGCUCAAUAUAGUGGCAGAGCUUCUCAUGCAGGUUUCUUCUUCUUCUUCUAUGUUUUAAUUUUCCCAAUUUACUUCGUUUCUUAUGGUUUGUGGUUAUUGUACAUGUCGCCAGAUGUCCCAUCUGCAUCCAUUAUCAAUUCUAAUUUAUUUGCUGCGAUGUUAUUAUUCUGUGGUAUCUUACAACCUAGACAAAAAAUGCCUGCUUUCUGGAGAAGAUUAAUGUAUAACGUUUCACCAUUUACUUAUGUCGUCCAGGCUUUAGUCGCCCCAUUGGUUCACAAUAAGAAGGUUAUCUGUGCUGAAAAUGAAUUUGCAAUUAUGGAUCCACCUGAGGGCCAAACAUGUGGUACAUAUCUGGAAACUUACAUCAACAAUAAUACUGGUUAUUUGACUAAUCCAACUGCCACUGCUGAUUGUAGAUACUGUCCAUACUCUGUUCAAGAUGAAGUUGUUGCUCAGUUCAAUAUCAAAUGGGAUUACAGAUGGAGAAACUUUGGGUUCAUGUGGGCUUACAUUUGCUUUAACUUCUGUGCCAUGUUGUUCUCUUAUUAUAUCAUGAGAGUUAAAGUAUGGUCUUUAAAAUCGGUGCUAAAUUUCAAGAAAUGGUUCAAUGGUCCAAGAAAAGAAAGACACGAAAAAGAUUCCACUAUUUUCCAACAGAAACCAACCGAUUCCAAAAAAGUCAGCAAGAACUAA